AUGGAGAAUGCUGAGAACAGCGAGCCCGCUGGCACCGAGGAGGACAUGUCCCUGCCGGCCCAGCAGCAAGCGGUGUGCUACUCCUUGAGCGAUGAAGAAGAGCAGGAUGAGGAGGAUGAGAUCUCGGAGGUGGAGGACUUUGCAAGUGAUGCAAGGAAGAUCAAGGAGCGCCUCUCUACGAUGUUCGAGCACAACGAUCUCAUCAACAACCGGAUGGCCGUGUUGACGAAGGCCAUCCGCGAGGGUCCUUUACAGCCUGCAGCCCGUGGGCCGAGUCGCAGAGCUUCCAUGCCUGCCGGGCCGGUGCCGAGGCCCUCCGGCGACUUCCAUGCGCCGCCCUCGGUGCUGUUGGAGCGCUGCCAGCAGCUGGAGCAGCUAGUCCGGGAGCUGAAGCAGGAGGGGUAA